CCCGACGUUGUUGCUUCGGUUACAGUUGACCCUCGUACAAAAACAAAACAGAGUAUUCUUUUACUGUCAGAAUGGCUUUCCAUGUGUUUAGGAAUGUUAUCUGCAAUGCUUUAAAAACAAAUAUACGAAACAAUCUAGUACGUGCAAAACCUGAGUGGUUAGCUUCGUUCAAGAAAGACUCGCCCCUUACCAUGAAAUUUUCAAACAGCAGCGUAAUCAUGAGCAAAGCGUUUAUCCAGAAACCGGCACCUUCAUUCAAUGCAAAAGCUGUUCUGAAAGGAGAAUUUGUCGACAUCAAACUGUCUGACUACAAAGGGAAGUACUUGGUGCUUUUCUUUUAUCCUUUGGAUUUUACGUUUGUUUGUCCAACUGAGAUAAUUGCAUUCAGUGAUCGAGUUGACGAAUUCAAGGCUAUAAAUUGCGAAGUUGUUGCUUGUUCUGUAGAUUCACAUUUUUGCCAUUUAGCAUGGACAUCACAACCUCGAAAGAAAGGUGGUCUUGGUUCAAUGAGCAUUCCUAUAUUAUCAGAUAUAACUAAACAAAUUUCAAAAGAUUAUGGUGUUUUAUUAGAAGAUCAAGGAGUUUCUUUGCGUGGUCUAUUCAUUAUUGAUGAUAAAGGAAUUCUCAGACAAAUAACUGUGAAUGAUCUCCCAGUUGGAAGGUCAGUAGAUGAAACGUUGCGCUUGGUUCAAGCCUUCCAAUUUACUGACAAACAUGGAGAAGUGUGUCCUGCUGGUUGGAAACCUGGAAGUGAUACUAUUAAACCUGAUGUGGAUAAAGGAAAAGAAUAUUUUUCCAAACAAGAGGAGAAGUAGACUAAUGCAGCAUAAAUUAACAUUUUGAAUGUUGUGUUUUCCUGUGGUGAUAAAAUAAUAUUAUAACCUGAAUGAUUAAAGUGAUCAUGGAAUAAACAUUUAUGAUUACA